AUGCAGAUGGCCUCCACUGCAAAUUUUCGGCACUCGCUUCGUCUUUUCCUGUCAUUUGGCAUCUCUGUGCUGUUCAUUGCCCAACACGUAACAACAUGCAACGCAAUACUGAAAAUAUGCAACGGCAAUACUAAUACAAGCGCCGAAUUCCGCAGUAAUUUGAACACAGUUCUUAAUAAUCUUGUAGAUAAUACAUCGUCGUCAAAUGGUUUCAAUAUCUCUAAUUCCGGCCAAGGUACAGACAAAGCUUCGGGACUCCUCCAAUGUCUGGGAGACGUAAGCAGAGAAGAAUGCUUCAACUGUUCACGAGAAGCAAAUAGCAGCGUCCGCAACUCUUGUAAAGAUGCCAUAGGCGCUAGGGUUUGGCUUGACAAGUGCUACUUACGCUAUGAGAACUAUGCCUUCGGCGGAGAACUAAGUACCGACGGAGCGGUUGAUUCCAUUAUAGCCAAGGCCUUAGGUGAUCCUGAUUUGUUUAGUGCUGCAGUAAAGGUGCUUUUCAAAAAUUUGUCAGAUGAAGCCCUUCGUUCCCCUGAUCGAUUUUCUUCUGGACAAACAACUGCCUCUGUGACUUAUCAAACAAUCGGUUUCGUCCAGUGCUGGAAAGAUUUGAGCAGUGUUAGCGACUGCAGACCAUGCUUAUCAAUUGCAAUUAAGAAUGUGCUGGAUGCGUCUGAGAAUGGAACUCGUCUUGGUGCUGUCGCCGGCUUGGGAAGUUGCAUGGCACGUUAUAGCUCAAUCUUAUUGGCUCCUCCACCAAGUAAUAUGGAUAGCAAUUUUUUUUCAGGACUAAACACUCAAGGUAAUCCCCUGUGCAGAAAAUUCCUCAAAGAAAAUAAAGAUAGUUUUGGGUUUUCUCGGCGGCUUGGUGGUGGUGGUAGUGUUAUUUCUGGUUGCAAUCCGAAGAAAAUUGAAGUCUGCAAUAUUAGGGAAGCUAGCAAUCUUAAAGAAAGGAAUCCAGAUAUGGAUGCAGAUUCAGUGCUCAGCGAGGAGCAUGAAAUAGUCUUUACCUUGGAGAAUAUCAAGGUUGCCACUAGAAAUUUCCAUGAUGAUAACAAGCUUGGAGAGGGAGGAUUUGGUCCUGUAUACAAGGGUACAAUGCCAGAUGGAAAAGUAAUAGCAGUAAAGAAGCUUUCCUUAAAAUCAUCGCAAGGAAAAGUGGAGUUUUUAAAUGAGGUCAAGCUGGUGGCCAAAAUUCAACAUCGUAAUCUUGUGAAUCUGCUUGGAUGUUGCACAGAGGGAUCAGAGCGCUUGCUUGUAUACGAGUUCUUGGCUAAUAAGAGCCUUGACAAAAUACUAUUUGAUCCAGAUCAGAGAAAAGAACUUGAUUGGAAUAGGCGUUUGAACAUCAUAUGUGGAGUAGCUCGUGGGCUUCUGUACUUGCAUGAAGAUUCUCAACUGCGGAUCAUUCAUCGAGACAUCAAAGCAAGCAAUAUUUUGCUCGAUGAGAAAUUCUUACCAAAGAUAUCAGAUUUUGGCUUAGCAAGACUGGUUCACCAAGAUGAGGCCUACAUUAAUACAAGGGUAGCAGGAACAUAUGGUUAUAUGGCACCAGAGUAUGCUAUGCUAGGUCAAUUAUCUCUUAAAGCUGAUGUCUAUAGCUUUGGCGUUGUCAUUUUAGAGAUUAUCAGUGGGAGAAAGAACACUGAUAUUGCAUUAUGUCCCGAAUUUCAAAGCCUAUUAGAUUGGGUAUGGAAAUGCUAUCUAGAAGGAAACAUUGUUGAUACAAUUGACAAAGCAAUGAAUGGGAGCUUUACAAUUGAACAAGUUUCAAGAUAUAUUCAUAUUGGUCUUUUAUGUACACAAGCAGAUGCAUCACUUCGUCCAUCGAUGCUCAAAGCAUAUGCAAUGCUUUCAAACCUUUCUAUAACAAGCUUGCCAAACAUCACAAGGCCUGGUUAUCUAAGUGUUGAAGAUGAAGAUUUUCCUCUACAUACACAUGCAUCAACAUCUACAACUGAAAGUACAAACUCUAUUGUUAGGCCAUUCUUAUAUAAUCCAUCUAUGACUCCUUUGGCCUACCCAUCUAUCAAUGAUAUAACAAUAUCAGACUUGGGUUCUAGAUGA